AAGUUGAUUUUUUUUACAAAUUAUUUUUAUUAGAUUUUGUCUAUCUCUCAUUGCUGAUUAAAAAAUGAAGAGUUCAAAGGAGAAAGCACGAAAAGAUCGUGUAGAAUCGUCUACCAGUGAUCCAGAGUUUAAAUUGCCAAUAAGAAAUUUUAAGAAAAAAGUGCCUGUCAUCAAAAAAACACCCAAGGACGGUGUUUCGGCUUCAGAGUCUAACUUGACGAACUGUGAGAGUAAACUAGUUCAUCAAGAAAUAGUUGGUCGUGGUGACGAUCGGACUACUGGCAAUACUGAUAGCAAAAGGACGACCAAGUUUACAAAAAUAGCGAGUAUGAAGCCGCAAAUACAACGCACUAAGAAAUCGGGACAAGCAUGUUCUGGAAGUGACAUGGCUAGGUUACGGUCAUCCUUUUCAUCAUCGGAUUCCGACGAUUCUUUAAGAAGAGAGCUAAGUGCUAUAAAUGAUGACACGCGUCGAAGCGCAAGAGUCAUACACGACUCACGCCAGAAGCUCCUUAAUAUGGUACAGAAAAAGGAAGCUAAACCAGUAGACCUCGAAGAGUUAUUUGAGCGUAAAGACAUUCUGCUACAGGAGUUGGAUCACAUGGAUGCCAUAACGAAAAAUAUGUGGAAACUUUUUCGAAAUAGGCAUCCUAAAGCAACCAAGAAUAAUAAUUCAAUUCACGAAACGCCUCUAAGUAAACCACCUAUCAGCCACGAGAAGAAAAUGAAUCAGCAAACUGUACAUUCAGGCACCGAAAUCCCGCCACCACACGAGCCACCUACUAGAAGUAAAUCUGAAAUUGAUCUCGGCCGAAAAUUAUAUGAAAGUUACGAUAUGCAAGAGAAACUCGUAGCGGACAAUGCCAACCUCGAAGUCAAGAGGCAUAUUUUGUACAAGGAACUUAUGACGAAGGACCAAAACUUGGAAAUUUGUCGCGGUCAAAUAAAAAGACUACAAGGGGAGUUAAAAUUAUUGCACAAAGAAAACACGACGCUGCACGAAAAGCUUAGUAAAAAUAACCCUCAGGGCGAUGCGACUCCAAACAAUCAAGACAACACUUUUCAACAGGAUAUAGAUAAUUGCUCACAGAACAAAGAAACCGUAUGUGUGAAAAAUCCAAAGUUUGCGGUCCAAGAUAAGCAACAAGAACUUGAAGAUAUUGAAAAGGAAAUUGUACAAUUGAAGAACGAGCUAGAUUGUUUUCGGUUCGACAUGGAUAGUGCUAAGGCAGGUAGCGCUUGUAAAGGCGGAGGCGGCGUUAAUACGUGUUUUGAACAACCUGCUGGUGGUCCUCCGGUGCCUCCUAUGACCAAAGCUUGCGGUGUGUGUCCUCCUUGUCCAGCUCCAUGCAAUCCCAACGCCCCUCCGACACCCGCCGAAAAAGAAGUUCAGAAACUGACGAUCCAACUCCGGCAAACCGAGGAAAACUUUAAGACUAAAGUGACAGAGUGUGCUAUGCUUCGUGCUGAGGUUCUAAGGAAAAAGGAAGAACUAGAAAAGGAAAGAUGCCAGCACCGUGAAGUUCAGAACAAAUUGCGUGAGCUAGAAAUGAAGUUUGAAGGAUUGGCGAUGACCACAAAUAUGAACCUUGGUAGUAAGGAGCAAGCAUUUGAGCAGGAAGUUAACGUGCGAGGUUUGAAGAUGUGUUACAGAGAGGCGCGAGAGGAAAUUGAUGAACUGAGGAUGCUCAUGAAGGAACAGAAUGAUCAGCUGCAGGACUAUAGAGUGAAGUACCUUCAAACGCAACAACUCGUAGAGGAGCAGCGUCGCCAAAUGGACAUGAUGGACAUGGAUAACACGAGAAUCAGCGAACAGAUUAAUCUAGAAAUUCAGAAAGUGAAGUUAAAAUUCCAAGAGAAGCUGCAGGAGUUAGCCCCCAUUCCAGAUCUGCUAAAAGCAGCUCAGCUUAAACUAAAAGAUGCACAGCAGUCGCAGGCGAUUGCCGAACACAACGCUGAACAGUUGGCGAGGGAACUCAAUUCUGCUAGGGAAAAGGUCCAUAUGCUCCUGCAUAGUAGCCUUAAGCCACCAGAAAAAGCCGCAGAAAGGGGUGGUGAUGAGAAACAAAUCGCUCUUCUACAACAAAGAAUUACGCAAUUGACAGAAUCGAACAUGACGUUGAAGAGUGAGAUUGAAAGACUCAAGGCGAAUAUAAUUCGAAUGGAGGAGUCUGUCCUUGCGAAUGAAAAGCGUCUGCAAGAGAAGAUGCACGAAUGCGCUCAAUUGGGUGGAGAACUUGAUAGGGCCAGGGACGAGGCGGCAAGAGCCUUGCAGAGAGCCAACGAACGUACUGACACUAUUCGCAAGUGUAUGCAAACUACAGUGGCUGAAUUGGAAAGGCAGUUGGCAUCGACUCGCGCUCAAGUCAAAAAUGCAGAGAAGGACAGAGAAGAGGUACAAAGUCGUAUGCACUGUCAAAUCAAGCGCUUGAAUGAGAACUUCGAGCAGGCACAACUACGUAUAUUUGGACUGCAGUCCCAGGUCCAAGCCCUGAGAAGAACAGCGUCCAGCACUGGCGAAGGAGAUGGAGAGCAGCAGGAAUGCGCCUGCAAAACUUUCUUUGACAACCCUUAGUUCACAAUGCUUUAAUGUGUACAAAUAUACUUAGUAUAGUUACCUGCUAAAAUUCAGUGAAGUGCCAAGUACGAACUAAGUCCAAUUAUAUGCAUGUGCAUGGUCAUAGAUGAUAGAUGUGAGUCUUAGUUCACACUUGGACGUGACGGGUCACGAUUUUAAUUCUUAAUUGUGAUAUGAUUUUCUAAGUUAACCUCACACGAAGAGUGCUGUUGGCGAGAAAUUUAUUUGGUAAACGUUUAUAACUAUUUACAUUGCCUUAUGACUAAUUUAAUGUUUUUUUGUUAUCAACUGUUCCUAAUUGAAAACUUUUUCACUUAACAAUUCAAUUGGUUUGAUGUAACAUCAUUUUUCCAUACAAUGUUUUGGUUGUAUGAAACUUAAGAUAUUUCUAGUUUUAAAAGGCCGUUUAAAAUAAGAGAUAGCUCUAGGCUUGGACAAUAACCUUGGAAAUAUAUAGGAACCAUUACUGUGGAAAAUUUUCAAGUUGUCUCUUAAUUUUGAUACAAAAAAAUUGUUUUAUAGUUUUUAAAGUUGUAUUCAAUUACGUUUGUAUUGUUCAUAUAUGUUACAUCGCCCAUAAAAAUAUUAUUUGUUGAUUAAAUAAUAAAAUAAAAAAA